AUGGCCGACGUAACCGUCACACCAGCAUACUCGUCCUACAAGACCAUAAAAGUCGGCAUCGACUCGAACGGAGUCGCAAUCAUUAUGUUUGAUCGCCCCAAAGAACUGAACGCCGUAGGCUCAAUCGAUUUGAACGAAGUACGAAAUGCAAUCGAACGCUUACAAACUGAUGAUUCUUGUAAAGUCAUUAUAUUGACGGGAAGUGGGCGUGCUUUUAGUGCAGGUGCUACAUUGACGGAUCCAAACUCGAGAUAUGGAGUCCGAAUCAAUCCUCCAGUUUCAGAAUUGGAGCACCGUGAUCCUGGUGGACCAUUGGCUUUUGCUCUUGAAAACUCCAAGAAAGUGACUAUUGCUGCUGUACAAGGAGUCGCUGUCGGGAUCGGCGCCACCAUGAUCUGCGCCAUGGACAUCCGAGUCUCAUACAAGGAAAACCGAAUCGGAUUCGUGUUUAAUCGUCGUGGAAUCGUGCCUGAAUCCAUGUCGACGUACUUUGUGCCAAAGCUUAUUGGCAUGUCACGAGCCCUCGCACUCUUCCUCACCGGCGCAAUCCUCCCAUGCAGCCACCCAACACUGCAACCACUCUUCCACGAACUGGUCGACAAGCCCGACCAAGUGCUCCCCAAAACAGUCGCCUUAGCGACAGAUAUUGCCAAGAACUGCAGUGUCCCUGCUAAUGCAGCUAUUAAAGCGCUUGUGAGGAACGGGGCUGAUAGUUCGGAGGAGCAACAUGUUUUGGAUUCUAGGGCACUACAUGCUCUUGUGGUUGGUAAUCCCAUUGAUGUGAAUGAAGGGACAGUGUCGUUUUUGGAGAAGAGGGAUGCUGUGUUUAAGGGUACUGUUAAGGAUAUCCCGUCCUUCAUUCCAUGGUGGAAGUCAAAGAUCUGA